AUGGACCCGGCUCGACCGCCGGCGCCUGGCCGGAGCACCUCGGCGCAACACUUCGAAAGCAAGCUCAGCCAACAAUUAUCACAACCCAGGCAAUCAGAGUCUAUUGACAUUUACUCCCCCAAAUCCAAGUCGCGCUCCCUUUCCGAUGCCUCCAAACCUUCAACUUCAACCUCCGCCUUCUCCCACCCCCAACCAGCAACGGGUGACUUGAGUCGUCCCCCCCAUCGUCCUCAACACAACCCAAACCUCUCGAUCAACCUCCCCUCCAAGACUGCCGGCUCACCUCUCGCCAACCGUGCCCCUCUCUCUCCUAAACUCGAUUCUUCCCAAAUUUAUGGUUCCCCGGGCUCCGUGCUUCCGCGGCGAUCUCGGGGCCUGGAUUUCUCUCGCGCUUGCACCAACCUUCACCAUUCGACUCUCGCCGAGUCGUCGCCAGACUCAUCCCCCACGAUUGGAGGUCGCGGAAUGACUAUCCCUCAGCGUCGUGGCUCUCUCAAUCUCAACUCCACCUCGGUGCCAGUGUUCUCUACUUCAGGACCGGCCGACCGUACCGCUAUAUCCAGCUCCGUCUCCAGUGUGAACAUGAUGGAAUCAGACACUAGCAGCAGUGAAGACGAUGACGCCGCCAUGAUGGACCGCGAUGAUCCUAUGUUGAAUACUCCUCAAGCCAACCGCAUGGCCAGUGGACCUAGUCCCUUCACCACGGGCAACAUCCAAAGCCCCGGAAACGACUGGAUGGGCCCAUUCUCAGGUCCUGUGGGCAGCCUGUUAAGCUUCCAACGUGCACGCUUCCGCAAUAAAGGACGCAGUCGACACAGCUCCAGCAGCGCCAGCGGUAACAGCUCUAAACCCAGCCCUGGCCCACACUCUCCACCAGCGAUGAAGAGCGUUGAGAACUCCGUGGGCGGCUACUUUGCUCCGCGACAGAGUGCUCAUGGCCGGCGUGAGAGCUUGAGUCUGGGUACUCAUGAUCUACGACUCUCCGAUCUCAGUGAUGACGGGGAGAAUCGUGCUCGCGCAGGCAGUCCCACUGCUGCUCCUCAUUCGGAGGGAGGUGGAGGUCCACUGGGGGUGAUACGCCGUGCUGUCACUCGACGAGGAAGUUUGUUGCCCAAAACCAAAACCUUUGCUCGGAUCCGCGCCGCCUUGAUGGAAGAGGGAGCCCCAGUCGACAGCGACAUGAAACGUGAAGCCGAAGUGGUUCGACAAGUCCGCGAUACCGAACCCGAGACAUCUCCUACCCUUGGCGCUACUGUUCCACCCAAUUCAUCAUCCCAGGCCAUUCCAGAAAUGGAAUCAAUCUCGGAGAAAUUGGACAUGGCCAGUCCACCCACGAGCACCUUCAGCAAGCAAGCCAGCCAGAAUUCCGGCGGGGUCGAGUUCUGGAACUCCUUUGAUGGCCGCUAUCGUACUCCACCGCCCAGUCGUGCAGCAGGAGCAUCCGCCAACGACGAUGAUAUGGUCAUGGACAUGACUCCCUCUACGACAUUCGCCGAUUUCAAGCCCCAUUCGCGCUCAUCCACCCCGCAUGCGCAAGGCACUGCAGGAAUCAGCGAAAUCAAUCGCAAGCGGCGCCGCGAGGACGACUUUGAUCCCAACCUCUUCAAACGCCGGGCCGUGUCACCAAGUGUCAGCGCCCAGAGCAGUCCAGUAAUGACCCACUCGUCCACCGUCGAUACCGGCCCAAGCAUCUGGGGACCUCCAUCUAAACUUGGUCCCCCUUUCUCCGAACGGCCCAGCACGGACAAACGCACGAGUCUAGACAAUGGUAAUCGCCCCAUUCCUCAUACAGGAACUCCCAAACGGGUCGGUCUGCAGGGCAUGACCGAGGCGAGCGAUGGAUUUAUGAAUAUGAGCAUCGAUUAG